AUGGUCGUUUGCAGCACCAAAAGCGCACACUUCUCUGGAGAUAAUAAGAUGCUUAUAGAUCCUCUGGUGCUGAAGAAGAAGCUCAACAGGAUGGCAACAGAGCAAGGAGCCUUUGCUGUUCUCAGCAGCCUGCUGCUGUACGUCACUGAGCUCACAGCCGGCGAUCCCCAGAUCAGCAACAAGAGGACAAAAUGGGCAGAAGGUAAAGAAAACCAGGUGAGCUCUAAGCAGCCAUGUCCAGAUCCAGUCAGGGUUCAGUAUCCAACCAGAUUUCAGCUCCUGCGGUCCAGGUUUCUAAACAACAAUCGCGAGCCGUACACUAAGAAGAGAAGAGAAGUUGGCAAACUGGUCAUUAAAGAGAAGAUGUGGCUGAGCAGGGCUGGUAACAAGCUGGACAGAAGUAGAGACAGGAGGGGAGAUGGAAAAGCAGGAGAGGAGGAUGCAGACACAGCAUCCAGCGAGAGGGCAAGGUGGAGCAGUGUGACUGGAAAAAACACAGUGAAGAACAUCCUGAAGAAAUUUUUAGCUGCUGAAGAGAAAGAAGCCAAGGAGAAGUCGUCCAGCUGGAAAAAGAAGGGAGCAAACAGUAGCAUGCCAAAAAUAGUCAACAAGAAUUCAGUUUUGUCUAAACUGAAGGAGCAGUUUGAACAAAGCACUCUGUGCUCAGCUGCAGAGGUGAAAGCAUCGCUCUUGCGCAAAGGUGAGAGAAAGACUAAAAGCUGCCCCAGCAGAAGAACUAUUCACAAGCCUGAGGUCAGAGUGCUGCGCAUGGCAGCAAUGACAGCUACAGGUAUAAAGAGUCCAGAGUCCCAAAAUUUAGUGUGCUCCAUGGUCCCAGUGCCCAGACUCAGCAUGGCUACCAAAAUUAACCAUCCUUGGAGCUGGUCAAAAAAUAAUGCCACAAAGGAGCCUUUUGGUCAUGGUACACUACUGAAGGGGAAGGAGGGAUCCAACCAAGACCACAGAGAGAACAAAACACAGGCAAAUGCAGCACAGGACAGGGAAGAAAAAGAAGAGCUACUGAUGGCACCAGAGGCCAUGUCAGAUGCAAAGGACUGUGCUGAGGCUAAAAUAGAUUCCACAAAACAGGGACCCAACUUCCAUCCCAUUCUAGAUAACUCUUCAACUACUCAUACAAACAAAGCUCUUGCAGACUGCAUCUCCCCUUUACCUGAAUGUGAUCUAGAUAGUGACGGGACUAACAUGCCAGCUGGGCCUGACACAUCUUCACAAUUGGGAAUUACCAAUGCUCUGCAACAUGUUAAGGGAGGCAGCCCACCUUCUGACUCAGCUGACUCUAGCACAGCUGAAGGAUCCCAUGAACAAAGUGCUCAGGAUACUAAACCAGGAGAGAUUCCUGAAAUAUCUCUGUAUGUAUACGGUUCAGAUGAAGACGACACAGAGCUCACAGAGCCAGAAAAGGAUCUUUUCUUUGCAGGCCAAAAAUGUUUUCCAGAGCAGAAAGUACUGGAAAACAUUCUGCCAUUUUGCUCUCCAAAACUUUCAGCAUCUUGUGAAGUUGAGCCUUCAAUGGAUGAUCGACAGCUAACUGUCCUAAUACCAGCUUCUGGCACAAAGCCACCAAUAGAGGCACUGAAUUUAAGUGGCAAAUGUUCCAAGGAAGCCAAAAAAGAAGCAACAUUUCACAGUGAAGACAAAAUGUCUUCUACUUCUGGCAAAAAUUAUGGUGAUGUCCCGAAUAUAGAGGAGGAGGAGAGUAAAACACUAAACAGCCAAAUGCAAAAUGAAUUAAAAACCAAGCAGCCUCACCCUCCUCAAAUGAAUUUUAGCUCACAAAAUAACUUUAAUGUUUCCAGUGGGGACAUGCCAGUUCCAGAUGCAAAUCAGAACAAUCCUACACUCUCCUCAAAUGAGAGCCUGGAGCCAAAGCCUAGUGCUGCAGAAGAAGAGAGCACCUCUUCUUUGGAAAAGACACAAAACCCUUUGCCAGAUGACCUUGUGAAGCACAGCUUCUUUAUUUCAGAAGAAAAUUUUGGGAAGGACAAGUUAUCUUCAUCAAAUGAAGUGAUGAAUCAUUCAAACAAUCAAGCCCUGCAAAGAAGUUCCUUAACUGACCUGGAGACCUGCCACAAGCCAUCUGAAUCCUUCAUUUGGCAUGAAGAGGACUCUGCAGAUGAGAUGCCCUGGCCCAACUCUGAGACAUGGCAGUCACCCCUGUCAACCCCUUUACCAAAAUCAAUGAGUGGGAUUGCGGGACAAAGUAUCCAUCACACUCUUGGAAACCCUCCAGCACUUCCACCUACUGAUCUGGUGGGACAGGGAGCUGGUGCUGUGGAACAUAAGCAUGACAGCCAUGGCUGUGAGAAACAUCCACAUCCCCCUUCAGAUGAGUUGACAAAUGGUGGGAAUGACACAAUGGGGGAGAAGAAAACUGUGUGUGAUUUUAAGAACCAAGCACUAUUCCCAGAUCAUGCAACAGAAAAUGAAAACUUUACAGACAAAGAGACAAAUAUAUGUCAGAGACUUGAGAACUGUCUUUCACAUUCAUCCAAAAAGCCGGGAAAACAUGAAAUUAAAACCACACUAGCAGGAAAUCCCCUAUUACCCUUGGAGAGGAGCAAAACACCAAUAUUAGAUGAUAACAAAAAGCAAGGAUGUGAUAUGCUAGAAGAGAACCCAAUUCCUUCACCAACUGAGUUGGUCUCAGACCAAAAGAAGGAUGCAAAAAGUAGAAAUAAAGUAUAUGAACACACAGGGGAUAAGCUCUUUUCCUCAGAUGACGACAUGAAGCAUGAAAGUGAUAGGAUGGAGACAGAGGAGAAUGAAGAGAGAAAUGUCUUGCAUAAAUUUGAGCAGGAACAAGUAUUCACACCAAAUGAUACUCUGGACCAUGAUAAUAACUCUUCAAAGGAGAAUGAUGCUUAUAGUCCUCAAAAAUCCCCAUUACCUUCAUCAGAGCAUGAUACCAACAUUCAAGGAGUGAAAAAUACUGAACAGAAUUUGGAGCAUCUAGCAUCUCCAAGAGAUUUUGUGAAACACAAACAUGAUGGGACAGGAGAUGAAAACAUCUAUAGCAAUAAUAGGAAAAACCACCUGGACUCAUCAGAUGAGCCAAUGAAACAUGCAAAUGACAGUGAAGGGCUAGGAAACAUCAAGUCAGACUUCAAUAAUUAUUCAAUGCCACCAAGAAAUGCAGCAAGGCAGGACAGUAAGACCACUGAUGAGGACAACACUGCUCCAGAGACACAGAAACAAGGUCACUUUACAAGUGACCUUGUAAAGCCUGAAACUAAGCCAGACAAAAAAGAGGCUAAACAUACGUCUGAGAAGUUCCAGACACCUUCAAACCAAGUGCCAAAUUGCCAAGACAGAAGCUCUUCAGGAGAGAGGACAAAGACACCAGCAGCAGAGGACACUGGAUCACCUGAAACAGAGAUAGUAAAAGAGGAUAUUGAGCAGCAGUUUUCUGGGAAGCACCAGCUACCUCCAUCAAGAGAAUCAGAAAGGCAUGAGGCAAAUCUUCCAGGAGACAAACAGCAAAUGAGAUUUGAAGAUUUUCUGACACCUGAUACAAAUACUGCAAAAGAGAAAGACAAACUUCCAAGUUCCAGGAAGCGUCCAUCAGUACCACCAGAAAUAUUGGUUAAGCCUCAAGAAAAAAUUACUCAAGAACAAAAGCAAAAAACAUCAGAUUCUUCAGGUUUUAAGAAGCCUGGUACUAAUUCUGUAAAAGAAAAGGAUGGAGAUCCAAAUUCUGAGAAGCUGCCUUCUUCAAACGAAGUGCUGAAGUCUCAAGAAAAAAGCACUUCAGGAGGGAGGAAGCAAAAGACACCAGCAGGAGAGGACACCAGAUCACCUGAAGAAAAGGCUGUAAAAGAGAAAGAUAAAUACCAAGGUUCUGGGAACCAUCUGCUACCUCCUUCAAAUAAAUUAUUGAAGCCUGAGAAAAAUAUUCCAGGAGGAGAAAAACCACAAACUGUAUCUGAAAGUUUUACAAAGCCUGAUGCAAACACAGAUAAAAGCAGAGAUCCAACUUCUGGGAUGUGCCAAUCCCCAUAUUCAAAUUUGCCUGUGAAAUCUCAAGGAAAUAAUGCCACAGACAAAAAGGAGGAUUUGCCACCAUCACGUGAUGAAAAACCAGCGUAUAAAACUGGUAGUCCAGAGAAGAGAAGUGAACCUGAGAGAAGAGAGAAAUAUCAGACAGGCUCUUCAGCUCAGAAAGAGAGCCACAGCAAUGAUGGCUCAGGAGAGAAGGGCCCUGUGGGUGAUUUCAGAAGCUAUCAAGUUCCAUCACCAAGCAAAGGCAUAAACUGUAAAAGCAGUGCUGUCCCCAAAGAGACCAGUUUGUUCAACACAGAGAAAUUCCCCAAAUCAACCUCAUCAUUACAUGUUGCAUCAAAAGAUGAGGUAAAUCCUGCUGGAAAAAGAGAGAAGCAGCCUGGAUUUAAGAAGUACAAAGCACUCUCAUCAAAAACUUUGGCGAGGCAUGAGAAAGAUGCUGCUGAAAGGGAGGGGAGCAGGCAGGCAGCUGGCAAAACAAGUGACAAAAAAGCACAGCUGGAGGACUGCUCUAAAACAACACCAUUCUCAAAAUACACAGUGGAAAGCUACAGUGAAGGAUCCUUAGAUUCGGCUUUCAAACCAUUGAUCAUUAGAGUAACUGACACAUUUAAACAUCACAGCUAAAAAUUAUGGCUACAGCUCAGGCAAGAACUUACAACAGAUCAUGCUACCAAUUCACUUGAUCUUUCUUCUCUCCUUUUUUCUCCAGGGCAUUAUAUUAUCAUUCUUUAAUCACAAGGACAUUGAUGUGCAUCUAUCAGAGCUAGGGUUUUUUUCUUUCUUAAAGAUUAGCCUGAAGACAUGAAUUAAAUUAAUCACUGCAAGUGAAUUAGCUAAUCACUGAAUUAAUCAUCAGUUUAUAAAUUAAAUAUGAGAAGGGCUUUGAGAUCAUCGUGAAUUCAGCCCUGCUUGAAAUUCUCCUUGCUAACUAAUGGGCUUUGUUUGUAACAAAGACAACUGUUCAGGCUGAACUCUAUUUGUAUUUACUUGUUCUAAUGAAACUCUGCUAGUACUUCUUCCAGGAAUAGUGGUAGGCAGUGUAGCUUUAAUUAUGUCAAAAAGCACUUGUUCUAAGCUCUGCCUUUUCACAGAUUAGCAGGAACUGUUGAUCUAUUGCUGCACUGAGUGACACUGUUAGCAGAAGUAGUGAGGGAAGGAGGGGAAUGCUUCAUUUAUCUGCAGAAAAAUCCUCAAAGGACAUUGAUGCUACAAGGGGAUUUACUGCAAAUGCAAAUGGUCAGCCUCAUUAAUAUUAAUAUUGGAAAAAUUGUGAUUUAACCUCCUCUGAAGCUAUUUACACUUUGGCUAUACACACUGUAUGCAUUAUUGUUGUAAAGGUACACCAUUUCAAGAGGUUCUUAAUUACUGGAAAUGAAUAUGCAACAAGUGUAAGAGCUCAAAAAAGCUCAAUGCUGAAAGGCCAUGAGGACAAGGUAAGCCAGAGAGGCUCAACACUUUGACAUAGCAAUUCAGCUUUUCCUGGGACAUCUGUCCCACUCCAAAUGCUGGGGCACACAGACAUGAGGCAGGUGCCUCAGCUCACAUUUAAAGUCUUAGGAAGUUUUUAUUUUACAAUGCAAUGUGAAACAGAGCAGUGAAAAGCAGCCAUGUCACUGAAUGCUACAAACCGGGUAUGAAUUGUUGUGUUUACAAUAAUAGCAUCUUCUGCUAAAGGCUGGUGUGUGAUGAAUGUUGUUUUGGAGAAGUGAGGGCAGGUGUGCUGCCUGGAGUGUCUUAGUAAAGCUGUGACAGACAGAACGUCUCAAAGCACCAACACUCCCAUACACGAGUUCAGCUUAGCAUUGUAGCCACACAUUCAAAUUAAAAUUAACUGUGGAGGAGCCCUAAAGGCAUGUCCUAAGGACUCAGCUUCAGCAGGAGAGAGGGUUCAUACAAACACUGUCCUGCUUCCCCAUGUGAAUUCAGUGAGUUCCCUUCCAUUUUAUGACGCUCUCCAUGACCACACUCUGCAGGCGAGGGCUGGCUGUUCCUUAAUCCCGGGUUGGCAGAACGCCCCCACCCACUGCCAUCAAGAGACUGAGGACAAGAACAGCCUGGCAGCAAGCUGAGACCAAACCCAUUUGCCAGCACAAUGCACACGAGUCACAUAUGUGACAACUGGGCUGGCCCAGUGGGGAACAUUGCUGUGAGGAAAUGGGAAUGUGAACAUUAUGUCUCCUGGCCACUGAAGAGGCUUAAACUUUGUCUUCUUUUUUUUCUCAGCCUGCCAAGAGUUAGGCUUUUGGCAUGUAGAGGGUCACAAAAUGAAAAUUUUAUUUGUAUAUCACACCUAUCCUCAAAAAUAAAAAUAGGUAUUAUUGGAGAUACAACACUGCCCUUACACACAUGGGCUUACUUCACCCAUCAAACUUUUAUAAGCUGGCAACUUUGUACUAAACCAAAAGCAUAAUUUACUUUUUGUUGUCCGUGAUUUCAUUUCACAUUUGAGAAAAGUCCUUACAGCACAGAGAAUUUGUGCCAGAAUUGAAUAAUAAAUUUUCUAUUAGCUGGCUUCUUCUGCCUGCACAGGAAAAUCAAAGAAUCAUAGAAUUGUUGUGGCUGGGAAAGAUUUUUAAGACUAUUAUGUCCACCCAUUACCCAGCACCGCCAGGUCCAGCACUAAACCAUAUCCCUAUCACAUCCAUACGUUUUUUGAACAUUUCCAGGGAUGGUGGCUCCACCAUUUCCCUGGGCAGCCUGUGCUAGUGCCUGACACUCAUUUUAGUGAAGAAAGUUUUCCUAAUAUCCAAUCUAAAUCUCCCCCAGCACAACUUGAGACCAUCUCCUCUAUUGCUUGUUAUCUGGCAGAGGGGACCAACACAAACCUCACUACCACCUCCUUUCAAGUAGUUAUAGAGAGUGAUGAGGUCCCUCCUUAGUUUCCUUUUCAUCAGACUUGUGCUCCAGACCCUUCACCAGCUCUAUUGCUGGACACUCUCCAGCCCUGUCUCAUAGCAAGGAGCCCAAAACUGAGCACAGGAUUUGAGGAGUGGCCUCACCAGUGCUGAGUACAGGGGGACAAUUCCUGCCCUGGUCCUGCUGGCCACACUAUUGCUGACACAGGCCAGGAUGCCAUUGGCUUCUUGGGCACCUGGGCACUGGCUCAUGUUCGCCCCCCAGACCUUUUCUUCCAGGCCCUUUUCAGCCUCUCUGCCCUGCAGCUUCCUGGGGUUGUUGUGACCCAAAGGCAGAAUCUGACACUUCCCUUGUUAAACCCCACACCACUUAUCUCAGCCCAUUGAUCCAGCCUUUCCAGACCCCUCUGCAGAGCCUUCCUGCCCUCCAGCAGAUCAACACUCCUGCCCAGCUUGGUGGCACCCAUGAACUGACUGAGAGCAGGCUCAAUCCCCUCAUCCAGAUCAUUGAUAAAUGCAUUAAACAGGACUGCACCCAGUGCUGAGCCCUGGGGAACAUCACAGGUGAGCAGACAUCAGAUGGAUGCAACUCCAUCCACCCUCAUCCUUUGGGCCUGGCCAUCCAUCUGGGUAAAGUCCUUCAGACAUUUUAUGUCCCCUCUAAUUAGGCCAUAAUCAAAUUUCCACCAGCCCUUCUUCUUGGCAAGUCACCUGCUAGAUGGGCUUCAUAAUACAAAAUCCCAAAAGGAUUGGUUUGGGGUGAUUUGGAUAGUCAAGUUUGGACCUGGCACAUCAGUGUGGUAGUACAGUCCCCUUCACAGUGCUGGACAAGUGCCCACCAUCUCCAGCAGCCCCACACAUCCCCACACUUCUGACUGAAGGACAAACUCAAAAAAAGUUCAGCUGCCCUCUGGAUGUGCCUCUCUGUCCCUCCACCUCCUGAAGCAACACAGUCCUUGAUUAAGGUCCUUGGGGCUGACUGGGACAAAUCCAGACCUCAGAAUCCCGAGUUUGCAAAGAGACCAUCACUUUCUCCAAAAGUUUCACGAAGUGAAAGUAAUGCCUAUGUUUCUGGGACUUGAGGUGCUAGGAGGGCUCAGAGUGCCAUAGGAGAGGUCCCUCCUCCCUGCUCAGCCAUGCUGGAUGAGUAUUGUCUCUAUGUAAGUAUAACAAAGUGCUCCUCACUGGUUUGGUUUCUUUAAUUUUUCAAUUUUAAAAAGGGCAUAUAAAGCAUAGUUAUUCCCAGCAAAAGAAGCCCAACCCUGUGAAGGUUUACCCCAUGGAAGAACAGAGUCCAGUGCUGUAUCAUGAGACUCAACUGGUCCACUGCAAUGUCAGGAAAUGUGUCACUGCUUUUACCCAGACAUUGAAACCAGGAAGAAAUACUUGUCCUGAUUCUGAUUUGUUCAAAUGAAAUGAAAAAAAAUUACUGAGUGCACACUUUUGGCUAUGAACUGUAUAGCUUAGUAAUUGAUCAGCAUCUUCUUCAGUUGGAUAACCUUUAACACAUCACACAUGACAAAAAAGAUAGAGACCAAGACCUUAAGUUGUAUCAUUUGACUCAGGAUUUCCCCUUUAUACUAUUUUGUAUGUCAAUGGAGCUGAUAAAAAGAGAAAGCACUUUAGAUAAGAGACCUCAUAUCCCAGCACACAGGAUUAUUUAGCAUCUGCCCCAGGCACAAGGUGCUGCAGAUGAAAUUUGGGCUGCUGACAGUAGAAAUGCCCCACCUAAUGGCUGAAUUUAUAAAGCAGGAUGCAGACAAGCAGUGGUGAAAGCAGAGGAAAAACAAUGCCAAGAAUAGCAGGAAAAUUUAGGGAAACAUUUCUUCUCUUAUUCCUGUGCCACUAUGGACACCAUCCAAAAGAAGUUUGUCUGGUUGAUUGGAGAAAACCGACAAGUAAUAGCUGGGAUCCUUAUGGAUUUUGGGGAAGGGGGUUUCCCUGGAGCACUAAAGUAAAUCUCUGUUAACUGAAAAAUGAGCACAGGGAUACGUAUUAUCAACAAAAUAGUUUCAACUAUUGCACUCACAAUGUGGUCUCCAAAAUGCAUUAGAUCCUGUGAGCUUUAUUUCUCAUUUUCAUUUCCAUAAACAUCUUUUUAUGGAAUUGAAACGU